AGCUGUUCCAAACUCGGCUGCUGCAUGCAGUCUCAAACAGUAGUCGUGGGGUGCAUGAGGCAAGAGGAUUAUUAAACAUUUAUGUCUGUAAAGAAAACCAGUGUUCAAUUUUCACCAGUUUUUUUGUGUGUGCUGGUGAGGUGAACAAGUAGUGCUGUUUUCAUAUGCAAAUGAGACAACUCGGUCAAAGAUCUUCCCCAUCUACAAAAGCACUGAUCUGUCAUCCCAAAAACAAUUAAGUAGAUAUGCAAAUAGCGUAAAAAUUCUUAAGAAUCAAAGCAAAAUUUAUGUAGAACUGUGCAUAAGUACGUAAGAAGUGCGAGGAGACCCAAGUGUAGUUUGCAUUACAUUGCCUUGUGCUUAUUUAAGCUUAUUAUCAAUCUAUCCUGCAACCUUUUAUGCAUAGCUGCCUUUAUGGCAUGUCGAGUUAACCUGAGCAAGUCGAGAUCCAGGAAUGGAGGAGGUGAUGCUACUACUGGAAGCAAAAAUGGUAAUGCUAAAAUCACUAGUGGAUUCAUCGCCCGAGGAAAUUUAACAAGCCCAAACAGCGCCAGGCAUAUUCACUGCUUUCAUAAUAAUCAAGAACAGCAGACUAUCAAUUCACCUGCAUUUUCAACGCGUGCACCGUGCAAAACACCGUACAAAUCCCCGAUACAGUUGCAAAAUUCUCUUCCACCUGGAUGGACAUUAACAGCAAGUUCAUCUAGCACGACGACUGUAACUACCACGAUUAUUGCAGAAAAAUCAACAUCUUCAUUUGGCCAGGAAUCCAUUCAAAACAAAGAAGGCAUAAUAAUGGCUGGAGAUAUUCAUGUUGUGGACGGAAAGAGGGCAAGUCGAAGGCACUGGACGCUAAGAGAUCGAUCGGCAAUGAGUGUCCACUUCCUAAAGACAAACUUGGCCGAGGACGGGUGCGAAGAGGCGCAACUGGACUUGGGGAAAAAAUUACUUCAAGAUAGUAAAGACCCGGAGUUACUAGAAAGCUCUCAAAGAGAAAACUCUCGAAUGGCUAUUUAUUGGUUGGUGAAAUCGUCGGAUCAAGGGAAUGAAGAUGCAACUAACCUCCUUAAAGAAUGUCUGGAUUCUGGACAAUCGGGAAUCACGGCUCAAAAUUAUCCCGAUGUUAUAACAUGCAUAAAAACUCCAACUAAUGAAAAGCUGACGUACAAGGCAGCUAGACUUUUGUAUUCUAAACUUAAUAAUGGAGAAAAAUUCAUCACAACCACGCAACUGCUUGCAAGAAUUCAAUCAGAAAAUCGAAAAGUGAUACGCUUUGCAGAUGAAGACGAUGACGAAUCUAAUGAAAACUCCCUCGACAGCACUUUCGUUGAAGGGGACGACGAGGAUGAUGAAGAUAGUUUGCCAAAUGUGGGACUUAAUGAAACAUUUACAUUUCCAAAUUGCAGGUCGAAAUCUCAAUCCCCAGAAACAAAAAGUGACACAAACAAGUCAUCUCGACGGUGUCAAUUAAAUUUCUCACACUCGAAUCAAGAUGGUAUCAAGCUGACAAUGGAUUGUCUGCUACGAUGUGCUUCGAAAUUUAAUGCUGGUGAAAAUCCGACGCCAUCCAUCGAUAGGAAUCACCACAGAAGACCAAGACACGACUGGAAAUUUGGAUCUCAACUUAAUGCAUUUUUCUUGCAACUUUUAAUACUUUGCGUCAUGACGAAAACCAUUAGCAUUAAAGUGGGAGUGAUACUAGGAGCGUCACUUUUAUCUCUGUGGGCGUCGUUCAACUUACUUGGCUGGAGAAAGCGUUACUAUAAUUUUAAUGAUUGGAGCAAAGUUUUUGGAAGCGUCCACACCACGUGGUUUGAUACAGAUGCUAAAGAUCGUCUCAUUGCCAAUUCACUCGUUCCAUAUCUCAGUACUUUAAUAUUCUCAUCUGCCACUCUGUUUUACGUGGAUGGAUUACGCACGGUCAAAAUAGUCAUUUCGGGUCUAGUCAUUUUUACACUGAUUUAUACUAAUGGACCAGGUUUUCACCUCUCUGCACUAAAAUUAAUUGCGUUUGUCACAAUUGUCAAGUUGGGGUCGUCCAUAAAUUAUAUCCUUUCGUUCUGCAUUUAUUAUGUGGAAUUCGACGAGAAUCUACUCGAGUACUUGACACCAUGGAUGGAAAGUUUGAAGACCGUUACCCUCUAUUGUGGAGUUGAUCUAUCCUCAGUUACUAUGAACCGUUGUAUUCCAGCUAUCCAAAUUGUUGCCAUUCUCUCUUUACUCAUGGGUAGUCGACGACACAUAUUGCAGAAAACUUUACCUGAAUUUCUGGUUGCACUUUGGAUUACAGAAAUAUUUGACAUUUCUAUCAAGUUACAAAACGAAAUUUUGUAUGUAUGGAUUAGUUUACUGACCAGUGUAGCAAUUACUGCAAUCAUGUUGAUAAUUCACUCUCAGUGGGAUCACUGGAAAAUGAUAAUUUCGAUCUUCCUUGUAAUGAUAACGGGGUCCGCAUUGGCCGCAUUGAUUGCCAGUUCAGAUCCGGAAAAUCAUAUGAUGAUUUCUAAAAGUUUACAAUUGUUGUACAACGACGAAGCAACUGUGCAUAAAGGGGUCACGGACAUUGACACUCUGACCCACCUAGAAUGGGACGAUUAUGACUCGAAUUGUCACCGACAAGCUUGGAAGACUCGCACACCAGCUUUCACUCAACUCUUUUGCUCUACUAAAUAUGGAAAUGUCCCAACUGCUGUGCGGUGGAGAGGUCGUGUUUCCGUUGUGAAAGUUCGAGAAAUGUCGACAUCUGCUAUUCGUGACGUGGCCUUCGACAUAAUCGUUAACUUAAUGCCGUCUGAAACCAGCAGUGAAAGUGGUCAUUCAUGGCAACAAUACCUCUCUGGAGGUGAACACCAUCAGCAAUCCCCUUCACCAGCCAUGCUCCUCAUUUCCACCGCAGAUAUCAUGAAACACGACAUGAAACAAAAAGCAAUAGACUUAAUCGUGAGUCUACGACCAGGAGAUAAAAUUGAGUUUCAUGGCGUUCUAAACCCGGCCGCAGUUGGUGGACUGAGACCUGAAAUCGACAAUUUGCAAAGCAUCAAAUGCUUAGAAUGCAAUUCCUUUCACGUCGAGGAAUUCUUUUUUCGUAAUAAAAACCUCCAGAAGACUCUCCAUCACUCUGACGGGAAAAAAUUCAACGAGUCUAAUUAUUCUUCAUUCCUGUCUGCAAUCAAUCAAUUGAAAAAUUUUUUUAUUGAAUUAAUUGACACUGUGAAAUCAAAGUCCAACAUUACUGCAUUUACGUUUUGAACAUAUUUUUUAAAUUAUUACAAAAAAGCUUAAAAGCGAAUAAAUAAAUACAUAUUUAAGCUCUUUAUUUCCUA